AUGUUCCUUUUGCAUUGGAUUAGCAAGAAAACGGCCGGUGAGAUAUACGGAUUGGCUACGCCAAGCAGUUCAGCUUCUUUUUCAUCGCCCGGGGCCACGGAUUUGGAAUUAACCAAGUCCGGGACUGGCUUUAAAGAUUCUACUCACUGGACCUCCGUUCUGGACGGCGUAUCAGAAACGAACGGCCAUUCUAAUUUACCCUCCGCUUUUCAAUCGGAGAUCACUUUCAAACAGGAUUCGUUGGCUCCUAAUCAGAAUGUGCUCCUCUUCCAGGGAUGCAAACAUGCCACUGACCAAGAAAUCCUCGAUUCGAUGCCGCCCAAAGGAGAAUGUGACCGCUUAGUCGCAAUCUACUUCCGGGCUCAAGAAUAUCGAUCUGUGAUACACCCGGCCGAGUUCUUAAAAAGGUAUAACCUCUUUUGGGAGAACCCUAACGGAGCGACUGUCCCUUGGCUCGGUCUUUUGUACAGUAUCUUCUGCUUCACCAUUCAUGGCAAGAGACAGGAUGGCGGUACCUCGAACCUCCAGGAUACCGGUUCCUAUGCUUGGUCACCUGCAACCUCGAAUAAGAUUUUGAACUACCGAGAGAAGAUUGUGCAAUGCCUCGUCCGGGGUCAGUUUGCCAAGGGUGGUCCUGACAUUAUGGAAACUAUGGUUCACUACUUGUUGAUUGAGAGCUACAUGAACAAGGAGUCCAACAUCGAGGUCUGGCUCUUGAUGGGUAAUAUUGUCCAAAUAGUCCGCGCAGCUAUUAGAAUGGGCUACCAUCGAGACCCGCAGCACUUCAAGUCCCUAUCUCCCUACGAAGGCGAGAUGAGGCGCCGCAUGUGGGCUAUAAUAUAUUCCCUUGACAUAGGAUUCGCAACGCAGAUGGGUCUGCCAAGCAGUAUUAAGUCUUCCCUCAGCGAUACCCUGCCACCUCGGAACCUCCAGGAUCGUGAUUUUGACGCCGACUCGAUUGACCUUCCACCCGCAAGACCUAUGAAUGAGCUUACUUCAAGCACCGUGAUUCUCUCGAAGCUUCAUGUGGCUACUAGCUUAGCCAUAGUAUCGGAUAUGAUUUGUAGUCCUAAACCGCUAUCACACGAGGACCUCAAAGCGGCCAAUUUGGAGUUGGACUUGAUGCAUGCAACGAUUCCCGAGCCUUGCAAGUUACGGCCUGUAUUGGAAUCUCUGUUGGAUCCCCCAAGCGUCGUAUUUCAGGUCGGUGUUCUGACCAGAUCCCGGAUCCUGAUAAAUUGGAAAUUUCUCCGAACCUCGAAGGAUACGACUCAGACCGAUCAGUCCUGGAAUAUCGUGAUCGAAGCAUCCUCGGAGAUUAUGCGGCUGCAGCACCGCAAUGCAGAAGAGUCCCAAGUCUUGGACGCAUUUUGCCCUCCCGGUAUGGUGGACUCCUGCUUCAUAAAUAACGGGUACUUUCUAGCUGCAAGUAUCAUAUGCUUUCUGGUUCGGCAUCGCAAAAAUAUGCUCCCACAGGAGUAUCUUUCUGAAGUGCGAGCACUUCUCGAGAGGAGCUUGGCUAUCUGGAGCCACAAACCUGACUUGUCGAGAGAAGAAAGCAGAGUAGUCACGACUCUGAGGCUCGUGCUCGAAAGGCCCGAUGAGGCUACUUGCCACAGUACAAUAGAAGCAGCGGCGCCACCUCAAACGGACGAAGGUGAGAAUCAAUGA